AUUACCCUGUAUAUAUCUAUAAAAAAAGCAUCUACCAUUCUCGCUCAUUUGGCGAGCGAAAUAAAAGACGCGCGCGACGCGCGAUGUUGGACGCAAUCGUUCACGCACCAUUGUAUCCUCGCCAGCUUGAGAGACGUCCCGUGUGGUUAUAACCUUUUUCACGGGCGGAUUUUUUUUGCCAUUCUCAAGAAGAGUGGAUUCGUUUCUCAAGAGGAUUCUCAUUCAAAAGGAACUGUCUUAAAAUUAACAGUUUCUUAUAGUGGAAUCUGCUUAAUGCUGCGCUAAUUAUCACGCAUUGGAUCAGUGCUCGCUUCCCUUUUUUUCAAGGUUUAAUCACUUUCCUGCAGUGCUGCUUUACGUAAAUGUAUAUCUUGAAACGGCGGAGAAAAUUAUUAUCACUACAGGGGAUUGAUACUACAUUUAUUGAUAUUCCUUUCAUAUCGACGACAUACAUCUUUAUGUUAUUAUGAGAAAAUGAGUUCUAAAAAUAGUAAAAAUAUGAAUUCUAAAAGAAGCGAGAAAGAGCCCUGCGAAGAAAAUUUCGUACAUAAAAAAUUAAUAGAAUGGCAGCUUGAAGAAUACAUAGAUGCAUUUGAUCGUGAGCAUAUAAACGAACCUGUUAGUUUUUUUAACGUUCCUAACGAAGUAAUAGCAAAUAAAUUAAUAAAGUUAGUUGGUCCCUAUACAAGAUUUAUAAUCGAAAGAGAGAAAUUAAAUACGUCACAAGAAAAAGAUGUUGAACACACAAAUACAAUAAGUACAUUAAAACAGUUACCGAUACAACUCAUAAAUGAUGAAUCGCUAAAUCAAUUAAACACUUAUGAAGAAACAGUACAUUCAUCUGAUAUUGAAAAAGUUGCUGGUACUUCAAAUAGGCUACAAGCUGUGCAAAACAAUAACUCUAGUAGUACUACAAACGAUAUAAUAUUUAUAGAUAUAAAGGAUGUAGAAGAUUUUAACGAUUUUUCGAAAAAACAUUGCGAUGCUUCUUCAUCUCGGGAAGAAUGUGAUGAACAUUCUAAGGAAUUACAAAAUGUUUCAAUUUUAUCUGAUGUGUUAAAAAAAACAUCGACAGGUCGUUUUAUUUUAAAAGAAUAUGCAACACACGGUCAUUUAUCAGAUAAAUCUUCAAAAUAUUUGUCAAAUUUAAUUAUUGAUAAUAUUUUAUGUGACAGUACAACUGUCAUUAGGCCACACGAUUUCUUGGAAUAUAAAAAACAAAUAAAAGAUAUUUUUCCUUCGGAAGAUCCUGACGUAUAUUACAGACCAUCAAUUCUUAAAAAUUAGAAUAAUUCUAAGAGAAUAUAUGUACCUGCUGGUGGUAGACUUUAUGAGCGUUACAAAAACGUACUUAAAAAACAUCGGAAACUCGAAAAAUUAUGUAAGGAAAACAAAAAUGAAGUAGACAUUGAACCUACUGAAAAUGGGUUAGAAGAAAGUUUGCAAUGGCUAAAUAAUAAUAAGGAACCCUGGGAUGAAGUUAAAUUUCAUUGGAAAAAACUUCUAAGGUGCGUUAUGAAAGAUUAGUUGCAAAAGGCAAAGGGACUGUUGACGCAUAUAUGACACAAUUUUCACUGCUGACAUGUUCCUUGGGACAUGUAUUAAUAAGUAUUGAUUUUAACCAACUAUAUAAUAAAAAGGAAACCGACAUUUAUUUAAAAUGGCCUUUGUUCUUUGAACGAUUUUUUGCUACUGCUUCCCAAAGAAAUAUAAAUAAAGCAAGCGAUUUGACUACUUUUUUAACGGAGGAUUUAUCAGAUCAUUCAAAAAAUUUAACGCAAAUUUUAUUAUUACCCUACAUAUUUCCACCUCAUGGCAGUUGUGCUUAUAAAAAAGGGAAUAAAAAAUAUUUUUAUAAACCAACAAUUUCAGAAUGUCAGAAAAGUUUAAUUGUUCAUGCCAAAGUAAGUUUGAACUUGUCUUUCUUUUUUACUUUAAUAUUAAAUUUUAGAAUAUUUAUUUACGGAUAUUAUUUUUAAGUUUGCGAUAUACAACGUCUUCAUAAAAAAAAAGUUGAAGAUGCAAUAUCGAGAUCGAUGACAGUCCAACCAUAUAUAAUAGCUAUUGGUCCAACAUUGAAGGAAAUCGUCAAUUAUUGUGUUAUUGUCGAUAAGAUUCUAACGAGAUAGAAAAAGAAAAUUUAGAUUCUUUAAUACGCAUAGACUCAACAAUAACAAUGAUUCAUUGUUGUCAAGGAACAAUCUGCAAAAAGGUAGCCGAGAAACAUUUUUUCCUAUGAUGAUGGAAUCAUGCAUUAGUCUUUUUCUAAAAGAGAUAUUUAAACAAUCUCAUAUUUUUACAAAAAAAUCAGGAAUAAGAGAACUUGGGAAACAAGAGCAGUUUCUUUAAUUUUGGUAUUAUUCCAAUCAUCGCAUCAACAAUUCCAAUUCGCCGAAAAGUGAAAGAUUAUUUUUCUCGACAAGUUGUAGCUUGUUAUUUGUUACUUGCCUAUCAAUUACAAUCUAUCUACAAAGAGAAAACUUAUUUAUGAGAAAUUCAUAUGAUAUUCAAAUAUCAUGAACGAAUAUCAAGCUGAUCGAUCCUUAAGCAUUACGUCAAAUAUUAAUCUAUUCUCAAGCGAAAGUAUUAAUAACAUGCAAGAUAUUCUACAGUGUCCGUUAUGUGUAUUCGCUACGUCAAACAGGUCGGAAUUCACCAAACACUUAAUUAAUCUUUGCAUACCGAAGCACAAUUCCAAUCUUAAAGCUGUUCUUACACAUUUACCGAUCCUUAAAUCCUUCUUGAAUCAAGAUAAUGACAAUUAUUCUCCUCUUGCACUAACGGCAGAAUACGUUAGAUACAAGACAGGGAAAAUCAACGAAUCUUCUCUUCGUGUUUCCCGAAUGAAUCAGCAAAGCAACGUAAGCAAGCGAGAUAAAAACUUUCGAGAUGCUAAAAAUUGCAAACAUUGCAAUUUUAUAGCUAGCACAAAGAUGGAGUAUUGGGAGCACAUGCGUUGCCACAUUAAAGGUUUUACAUGUUCCGAAUGCUCUUUUGUUACCAAGUACAAGCAUCACAUGAAUCAUCACUGGCUUAGCGUUCACGACGGCUCCAAGCCCUUUAAAUGUAAAAAGUGUUUGUACACAUGUGUAAGCAAAUCGAUGCUAAGUAGCCAUCUGAAAAAGCACUCGAACAUUUAUCCGUAUAGAUGCGCGGACUGUACGUUCAAGACCAAAUUCUGCAACGCACUAAAGAAACACUUGCAAAAGAAGGAGCAUCAGCCAGCGAUGGUACUGAAUGCUGAUGGCUCACCGAAUCCAUUCUCCAUCAUUGACGUAUAUGGUACGAAACGCGGGCCCAAGCAGAAAUCAUCUGCUAGAAAGCAGGAAGAAGUAAAGAAUACUAUUACACCGAUUUAUAUAAAUGGCGAUCAGUUCGAUUCAUCAAUUUCUUCACCCUUGUCACUUCAUUCGCCGAUUCCUCAUUACUUAACUGUGACCACAAUAAAUGGAGUAAAGGAUGGACAUUGGGUAAAUUAUAAUGACAUAAAUAAGAAUCUAAAUCAACCUGUUGCAACGUUCUCCUAUAACGAUUUAGUCGCUGCGUUCAAUCUGUCGAAUCACGUUUCAUAUCGCGAAGACGCGACAUUCUACGAAAAUAUACAGAAAAUGGAUUGCGCACAAUCCGAUACAUUAACGGAGUACACAAAGAUCUUAAAUGCUAGAAACAAAAUGCCGGAGAUAUUUAUGCAAAAUUUGCCAGUAACUCAUUUCGAUACAACUAACAACAUCAGCGAACUUUAUACUUCUGAUAGCAUGGAAGCCACGACGAAAUCCUCAACAUUCGUGGCGAUAAAAUCUCAGUUAGAAUAUAAGAAGACCGAAUCUACAGACAUGCCGUUGAAUCUCAGCAUGGCUGAAGUAAUUAGAAAAAGUCAACUUCAGUUUCAGACAUUAACAAAUACGAAUGCACUAAAAAUUACCGAAAUCGACAAACAUAAGGCUAGGGCGAAAAAACUGGAACGUUGCAUGAUAAUAAAGAAGGACAAAAAAACAGAGCAAAUAAAAAAUGAGUAUCCGUCGGACAAUAGGCUUGAUGUCCAUCAAGCACAACAAAAUGAUGAAGCUGUUGCCGAUUUAUGCGACGACGUACUUAUUUGUCACUAUUGCGAGAUCAUAUUUGGCAAUGUGAUCAUGUUUACCGCGCAUAUGGGUUGUCAUAGUUUUAAUGAUCCUUACACAUGUAAUAUAUGUGGUCGUCAUUGCAUUGAUAAACUGUCCUUCUUUCUACAUAUUACUCGAUCAGAACAUGAAGUUAAUGUAAAAAUGCUUAGUAAAAUUAUGCUUCAUCAGGAAAAAAAUUAGGUGGUUUCAGCAAAUAAAGGAGAUCAGUGAACACUCAAUAAUUCUCUAAUAUGAUUGGUUCUUACCUUUAAUUCUUUGUUAGAUUAAUACUAAUGGUGUUUUCGAUCGGUGCUGGGUUAACCCGUUUCAGGUUCUUUUUCUCUAAAACUGGUCAAUCACAGAUAUUCCCUUCUUCAGAAGAAUGGCUAUAAUUGGCCUUAUGACGGCAUAAAUCGCUCUUGGAGCGAUUAACCCAGGCCGGUUGAAAACGCUAUAAAGAAUCACUGAACGCUCAAUGAUCUGCUGAAUACACCUAUUAUUAUACGUCGCGGGUAUAUAUGUACUAUACACACGCAGAAUUUCAAAAAAAUAAAUCAAGCAUGACGAAGAAAAUUUUCAACAUAAUUGUAGUCAUUGAAUUGAAUAUAAAAAUGAUUUUAAUAGAUUUGCGUUUGUCAAAGUUGAAAAAUAUAAAAGCAGAAAGUUACAUAUAUGAGGCUUGUUCUUUUUCGCGACAUUGUUGCACUGUAGGUGUAAUAAGUUAGAGUUGGAUACAUAUACAUUUGUCUUGCAUCAAUGCACAGCAGUUCAGCGAAAAAGAACAGGCCUAUUAAUUUAUAUCAUGCAGCCACACACACACGCGCACGCACGCACACACUUAUAUUUAUAUUUAUAUAUAAAUUCUUUUUUUGAAGAUCCCUAGACUUUUGCGAGAAUUUUUUAUUUAAGACUAUAUUUUUUUAUGUCCGAACUCUUCUUUAUUUGUGCAAUUAGUAACAUACGUUUUUUUUUUAUUUAUGAGUCAGAUCUAUGGAUAUUAUGCAAAUUUUUUAUGCACAUGUAAAUCUUAUAUAGAGACUCAAUAUAUGAUUUUGACAUAGUGUGCAGAUGUGCAUUCUUUAUCAUUUGUUUUAGACUAGCAUUCUUGUUAUUUUUGUACUUUUUCACAUUUUUGAUCCUAAUAUGUUGUAUUAUUAUAAUUAUCACAUCUUGAUAAAUUGCUGUCAUGUUCUUUCCUUAUUAUGUGUGUAUCUCUUUCGUAAGUAUUAUACUUUUGAAUGUACAUAUUUCGUAGAAACAACAAUUAAGCCAAUAAACAAGAAUAAAUUGCAUGAUAAAAUUGUAAUAAUUGUGCCCAAUAAGCGCAAUAAAAUAUAUAAACAGUUACACACAGUUACACACACACACACGCAGACAUACACACAAGUAUAUACGCGAGUACAUAACUGAGUUUCUAACUAUAAAUAUUUUUUCAUAUUAUGUAUUGAAAAAUUUAUUUUUCAUUUCUAAUACGGAACAGUUUUUUAUAUUAUAAAAAUAAAAAGUCUUAUCAAUCAAGUUGACCAAAA